AUGGAGGCAGUAGAGAUUGCAGCGUGGUGUAAAAGACAUCAGCUAGAUCCCGCUCAUGCAGUAGUCUUAAGUGGUGUUUAUGAUGUCACAGACGAUGUCCUACUUGAAGUCCUUAGCUCAGUUAAAGUUCUUGGGAAGACUAAAAUAGUAGACAGACGUCUAGAUUUGACUUCUAAGACUGAUUUUGUGCUAGUCCAGACUUUAGCUAAUGUGACUGAACAGACUUUACCUGACUCAGUCGGCGUUCCUGGUGAAGUUGGUCCCUGGCCUGUUCAUGUUAUCCCAGCAGCAACCAAAGAACAAGAAAACUUUCAAACAAAGUUACUGUCAUUUCUUGAGCAUGAGGACAAAAGUAUUGCUGAUGUUAAGGGACUGUUAAACCCUCUGUCUCUUGAUGUUAAUACUGCUCUCAUUAACGCCAUUAGUUCACUUGUUGACAAAUGCAAUGCCACGCCUGCUGAUGCUCAAAGCUACAGGAAGCUGAGAAUGUUUUCUGGUGUGCGACCGACACCUAGUGGCGAAGAGGAGUAUGACGCCUGGGCAGAGCAAACCACACACAUGUUGGAAGAAUGGCAAUGCAGUGACAGUAUAAAGAAACAAAGAAUUGUGGAGAGUCUUAAAGGUUCUGCUGCUGACAUAAUAAGAUUCCUGAGAGCACAAACUCCCAACGCUACUGCAAAUGACUAUAUGCAAGCGCUCGAAACCGCUUUUGGAACAACUGAAAGUUCAUCUGAUCUCCUAGUCAAGUUCCGACAAACAUUUCAAAGUGAAUGUGAAAAGCUGUCUACAUACCUGCUAAGACUUGACAAACUGUUGCACUGUAUCUUCAGAAAAGGAGGAUUGCAGUUAGCUGACAUGAACCGACUCCGCAUUGAACAAGUCGUUCGAGGUUCAUCACCACAUGACAUGAUUGCAAUGCGUAUACGCAUGACCCACAAACUAAGACCUCCACCUUUCUUCAAUGAUCUGUUAAAAGAAGUCAGAGAAGAAGAGGACAUGUUACAAGGCAGAACUGAUGCAAAAA